UGAUGCACCGGGAGCCCGGCCGAGCAGACUCACUGCACUAGACCAGCCCUGCGAGCUCACACUCUGCCACCCGUCUGGGCAAUAGGGCGCAGGUGUCGGGUGUAAGGGGGCACGGCAGGCCCGGGGAGGAGACACCUCGGGCACACGUCGCCUGCAGUAUGGAAGAUCACAGGCCUAUUGUCCGACAGACCAGCGAUGCCAGUGACCUGCCCCUGCCCAACCUGCAGCCUCGGCACCAGGAGCUCAUCCCUACGCCGUUUGGUCCUGUCAAGCCUUGGACUGAGCUUCCAUGGCCGAUAAAAGCCUACUUCUGUGUGGCCAUCAUCUCUCUCUUAUGUGUUCUUGGCUUAACCAUUUCCAAUCUCGUGCAGCAGAGUAAUGAAGACUCAACCGUGUCUCUCAUACAGCUCAUAGGGAUAGUGUUCUGCAUCUAUUACGUCACCCGGGGCAUCCUGCAAGAGAACCGCCAGGAACUUAUCGUCUUUGUGCUUUCCAUCUUACUGGAAAUGAUUCGUUCAAUUGUCAACUUUAGUGUACUCUCUAAAGAUGCGAAACCUGAUAUACAGCCUCGAUUCAUAGUAAUCCUGCUUGUCGGCCUGUUCCAUGUCGUCUGUGCUCUGAGCCUGGUACUGGGGCAAAAUAUGAUGGCAUUUCGGGUGGGAGGUGCUCUAGAGAGUCUCCAGUUGCAGUACAACAUGCUGAGCCUUUGCUUCUCAUUGCUUACCUUUGAUCUGCAGGCGCAGCUUUGCCUUACUGUCCUGGUCUUGUUUUCGGGCUUAUAUGAAAUCUCUACACUUCACACCAUCAUACUUGUCAUUGGUCUGGUCUGGGCCAUUUUUAAAGUCACUAUUGGUAUCCUGGCGAUUCUGAAAGAAUUGAAGCCUCUCGUGUGGAUAUUUGUGCUACAGAACCUUCCGGAAGUGGCCUAUCUGGUGUAUCUUCUGUACAAGGUGGCGAUGGAAUGGGGCAUAGGCAACUCCUACACCCUGGAAGCUGCUGCCGUGACCGGCUCCUUCAUCUCUGUGCUUAUUAAGUCUGUGCUGUUUUGGUCUCUGUACCGUGUGUAUCGGAGCUUCGGCCAAGGACUGAGAGAGAGAAUGUUUUCUUCCUAUGGAAGGAUUGAUUCCUAGAAGCACUGAAAGAUGAUAUAGGAAGACUUUCUUAGGAUGGGCUGUUGUAAUCCUAUCAAUUAUGGAGAUGGGAGGUAAAGUGUAGCGUCGCUGUGCUCUUCAGAGCCAUCUGUAAAAGGGAAGAUUUCGGCUUUUCUCUCCAGACCCUUGAGUAUUCUUCUGUCCACUGCUGCGGCCACUUUCUGCACUUGUCGUACUGGAUCUCACCGAGCCGUGCCAUGGAUUUUAUUUCUGUCCUUAAAGUGUAGCUGAACUUUAUUUUGCAGUUUCUUCUCUCCACAUGUAUACUUUUAUGUAACAUAGCACAUACUUAAUCCUCCGUGUACUUACAGAACUGCUACUGGUCACAUCCGCUUACUGUAGCUCAGCCCAUAUAAUGGUAAUGCUCUCCACUGAAGUGCAUUCUGGGGGACGUCGCUGUGCCACUGUGGUGUCGGUCCAUCUUCCAGGAUGCAGGAUGGGCUAAAUUUAUGUCGUGUGAUGGAAAAUAUAGAACGUGGUCUGUUCUGUUACUUGCAUAUAUAUAUGUGUUACUCACCCAUGGAGGGCUGUCUUGAGAUUUUCAUUGAGAGGAUGCAGGUGAGAAAAGGGAAUUUGAGUCAGGCCCUUUAAUGUUGUCACCACCAAGUCUCUGCUCAUUUCCACUGUAUAGCUUGCACAUUCGAUAUACGUUUAACUCCAAUGUCUUUAAUACCUCUCAGGGUCAAAUAGUUUAGAUCGGCAAGUUUGUAACCACAAAGCAGCUAUAAGCCAUCUUCACGAGCAUCCUAAUGGUUUAAUUUUUGCCAAAACCUCCGCUCCUUGAAAGACCCGGGUAAUCUGGGAUAGACUGGUUGCC